ACGAGGUUAAUGAGUUUUUUAUACUCAUUCAAUAAUUUUUUAUAAAGUUUUGUUGUUCUUCUGACAACAUUAACCUAAUAUUAAAAACGUAAAUAUUAUUUUAACAUGAAUCGACGUUCUGAAAAAGUGAAAAAGAUAAGAUAUUGGGCUGCAUGUGUUGUCCAAGAAAAUGGCACAGAGUGGAAAACCAUUGUGCCCUGCCCAUGGGUUGAUACUUUAAAUCAGCAAAUCUUCUGGCCACUAAAUGAAUCUAAGUCUUUAGAUUUCUAUUUUAAACAACAUGAAUCGCCUGAGCUUACUUGGGUGACAUACCCAAUAGUGGAGUUUUUGCUUCACCAAGGCACUCGCGAGGAAGCACAGGAGUUGGUUGAUUUUGCAACUACAGCUGAGGAUGUUUCAUCUUCUGAUGAUGGCAACGGUUCAUCUAUGCAAAAAAUUAAGUAUACUAAUUCAAAGCAAGACAAAGAUAAAAAAGCAGCACACCCACACACCACACACCCUGCUUUAAUUGUAUCACCAUCUUCUGGUGGAACUAACAGAGAAGAACUUUUAGAAACCUCUCCUCUUUCAUGCUCUGCUAGCAAAAGUAGAUCAUCUCGUAAAACAUCCUUAAUUACUUUUGCUGAUGGUGGAGCCGGAUUCAAGGAGAUGACAAAUAAACAGUUUCAGUAUGUUAUGUUAAUGAAAUUGGAACAAUUAGAGGAUAACCAAAUCCAGAUUACAAAUUCAUUAGCAUCUCUAGUUAAUGGUGGUAAUGGUGAUGCAAGUGUUGUAGUGGAAGACAUGCAACCUAUGCUAUCAAUUGAAGAGUUCGACAUAGAGGAAAUAAAACUUCAAAAUAAAACAUACCGAGAUAAAAAGAAAAUAGCUAUAAAGACACUAGGAGGUAAGGAUUUGCGAGCAUCUGUAAGGCUUGCAUUAGAUGCUUUAAUGGCUCGUGAAGUCCAAAACCUAUUUAGCAAGGAUGGAAUAUCCGGGAAAAAAGCAUUUUCAAAGACAAUGCAUUAUCGUUGCUUGCUCGUAAAUAUAAACAAUUCAGAGCUAAAGAGUGAAGUAAAAAGAAAAUACUUUAAAGAUUUUGGAGUUGAAAGUCUUUUGGGCCUAAAUGAUAGUACAAUGGUGUCUAUCAAAGGGGCCACUGGGGUUGGUGAGCCAGCUUUCAUUUGCAGAAAGGGCUAUUCUGCUAUAAAUUGCCAAAUUGUUGUUGAUCCGGACGGGCAGUUCCGAGAUGUUGUUAUCAAAUUUUCGGGAUCAUGUUACGAUUCUUUGAUUUAUUCAAAUUCAACUUUGAAACAGACAUUGGAGGUUGAUCCAGCUUCAGGGUUUCUUUUUGGUGAUUCAGGCUAUGGGUUAUCACAUGUCGUGAUUACUCCAUUUAAUCCUCUAUUAAACCCUGAAAAAAUAUUUUAUAACAAAAUCCACUCAAGGGUUCAAAGUGAAAUAGAACGUUCUUUUGGACGUCUUAAAAACCGAUAG